AUGACGACACCAACUAGCAAUCAUCCUCUACAUAGACCAAGGCCGAAAGCAUCAGAAUCGUCACAAAAUCCAAUUGAAAGUGAAGAUGACAGUUUGCUACCAGCCAGUUUCUCCGGCUCCGUUGAUACCGUUGCGGCAUACGACCACGAUGUCGAACACCCGUUAAAAAGACACAAACUGUCUCAGCUGCUGGCACCUUCCAAGUUGGGUAUCCGAUCAUUUGCUUGCCUUAUACUGACAUUGUUACUUGUACUUUCUUCUUUGGUUGAAACUGGAACAAGCGUGAUCUUAUCCAGUUCAAAGGGGAGCCUCAGGAAAGACCCGGUUCAAUGCCCCAUCCAAAAGUGGACCUAUCCCAACUGCAGGCCCUAUCUGGCCCCAAAGAAUGCAUCGCUUGGGGAUUUAUCGCCUCAUGAGUGGUAUGACCUUCGAAGAAAGUUCGAACAAGUGGUCGGUGACGAGGCUUCCAGUCUUGAUCCGUCCUUUAGAACCAAUGGCAGUGAGGAGUCCUUGAGCGGCUUUCGAGUCCCUGUAGAGGUACGAGUGUCGCCUGGAAAAGGUCUAGGUGUCUUCACUACCACUCCCGUCCAGAAAGGCCAGGUUGUUUGGGACAAUCGCUUUACUGCGCGCUUCCCAGACGAGUGUUCCCUUCGACAGUACUUCGAUCUCAUUGGAGAAAAAGCAAGCUGCGAUGCCUUAACAUGGGGUUAUGUGAAUGACUUUCAAGGAGAAGGCCUCAAGUUUUUGUUGGACCUGGAUGAGGCUGUCUACCUGAACGAGGCACGCAAACCAGAUGAAGUCAAUUUGAUCAUCAACUUCCGUCCUCUCCAAGACGAUCCAGAGUACGAUGCUGUGCAAAAACUGAUAGACCCCGAUCGGUUCUGGCAACAUCGACAAAAACCAGGCAAUCAACAAGCGAGGGCAAAAGUGCAUUUGCAAGCGGGGGCCGAACUGUUGAUGGACUAUCGUGAAGUGCAUGUAUACGGCAAGUUGUGGUGGUAUGAUAGGCUAUGUUUUAAGACUCGCGGGGUUUGGGCUUGGUUAAUGCAGAUCUGA